AUAAACUAUCAAACAUAAAAAAUUCUAAACGAGACAAAAUUUCUAAUGUUUGAUUUCUUUAGAAAUUUUUGAUAUUUAUACUAUACAUAUUCGAAAAUAUAAGAUACUCGCUUUAAAAAAUAUGACAUCAGUGCAAGACAGAUUAAAAUUAAAAAGAUCAUAUGAUACUUGGAGUACUCGUGAACAACUAUGUUUAGCUUCUAGUGUAUUGAAGUCAGGAGAUCAAAAUUGGAUGAGUGUAUCACGAUCAUUAAAAGCAUUUGUUGAAAAAGAAACAUUAAGAUCACCUGAUUGGUUUUCUCAAAAAUCUUGUGCGAUUCAAUAUGCACAUUUAUUGGAAAAUGCAGAUACCCCCAAGAGGAAGAAAAGGGAAAGUGGAGAAACUACUGGUGAAUCGAUAGUUAGAAGGUUAACGCAAGAAAGAAUGGUUGAACUAGGGCAAAUAUUAGCUUUUCAAAGAGAUGAAUACCAACAGCUUAAAGCUGAAAUAAAUAUGUUAAAAUCUGGAUCAAUAUCAGAGGACAAGUUACAAAAAAUGUGGCUUGCAAUGGAACAAGAAGAACGGGAACAAGAACAAAAAGCAAGAGCACAUUCUGUAUGGUUAGCAAAACGACAACAGAAGCAAGAAUUAAAUUCAUCACAAACAGGAACUACUAUAAUUCAACGUAAAUCUACCGAAAAUACAAUGGAAAUUCAAGAAACAAUAGAAAAUACAGAUGAAGAUGAAAAGAAAUCUAGGGGGGGAAGGUCACCAUUGUUAACAAGUCUAUUAAAAUCACCAAGUCCAACAACACAAAUUCAAACCACGACUACUACAGCACAAGUAAGCUCUCCUACGAUCACAAGCCUACUUAGUUCUAGUCCUAAAGUACCAAAUACUCAAUUGACACAAAAUGUAUCUCCACAAUUGCACCAGUUAGUUACUUCUGCAAUUUCAAAUAUAUCAUCAGAAAGACCAUCAGUUGGUGCACCAACCUUAUCUAUGUUAUUAGAAAUGCCUGCUAAUGCACACAGGGGUCCUCUACCUAAUUUACAAUCAACUCCAAGUAUGGUAUCUCAACAAAAUGUUCCUACUGAAGUUCACAGUCUUCAACCUCAACCUAUGCAUCAAGUUACAAUACAAAAUGAAACAUCUGUAUCUGCUCAGCCUCUUACAAUUAGCACUCCAAAUAUGCCAUCUACAGAAAGUAUGGUACAGAUUAUAGAUCAUAUAGAUGAUGUAAUACGUAAAGAUAUAAUGGCAGAUGUAAUAGACAAAGAUGAAAUCAAUGAAAUUAUUGGAGAUAUAGAAGAGUUGAUAAAAGAAGAAAUUACUGGUAGUCCACAAACUAUAGAUACAACUACAUCAACAAUUAAUACCCUUACUGUACCUCAAAUUCAAGAAGUACCAGUGGUAACAGAACGGCCAGAACCCAGAGAUGUAGAUGAAGUUGUAUCACUUUCUAAUUCACCAGAAAGUGAAAUGGCUAUUGAAGAAAUUGAUUCCAGUACAUCGAAUAUUGCAGAAAUUAUAGGAACAGUUGCUAUUGAACCACAAGAACAUAAAGUUAUUGUUGCAGAAGUAUCUGAAACCAUACCAAGUGCAUCAGAAGAAGUGAAAUCUGAAGAAAGUACAUGUUAUGAAAGAGUAACAUUAAAUGAAGAACUUGUUCCUGAAUUAGACACUCAGGAUGGUGAAAAUAGCAAAGAUAUUCCAAUAGAAGAGAAACAAAUCAUUGAAGAAUUUGAUACUAUGGAUUCUACUUCAAAUGUAGAAACUGAAGAAAAUGAUUCAAAAAUACCUACAAAAGAAUUAAUAGAAGAAAUAGCAGAAGAUGAAGUUGAAGAAGAAGAAACUGAAGUAAUUGUACCAGAAAUUAAAGAGUCACCUACUAAUAAACUACAAAGAGUGUCCUCUGAAGAGUUAGAAAAUAAAGGCAAUAUGGAAUUGGAUCAAUUAGAAAUGCAUCUUGCUAAAAUUACAGGUGAACAGCAAGAUGUUCCAUCAGCAGAAGUUGUUAGUGUUUCAUCUGAAGUAACAAAUGAUCUUCCUAGUACCGAGGAUACAGAAAAAUCACAAGAUAUUAGUUUAAUUUUAGAAGAUGAUGAAAGUAGCUCUGAUGAUAAAAAGAAGAUAACAGAAGAACAAAUAAUAGAAAAUACAAUUGAGAGUACAGAAUCUAUUGAUCUAUCAUUCAAAGAAGACCCUAUAAUUGUAGUCAAAGAAAAAACUAUUAUAGAAGUAAGUGAAGAAUCUCCAGAAAAAUCUCAAGAGGAACAAACAGAAGAAACUUUAGAAAUUUAUACAGAUGAAUUUAAAAAAGAAGAUACAAAAGAUUCUUCAGAAGAUACAACAAGCUCUAUUCUGCAAGAUAUAGAAAUAAAAGAAGAGGAAAUAGAGGAAACAGCAAUUGUAGAAGAUUGGUCAAUCAAGGUCAAGGAAGCUCAACUGGUAUCUCCAGAAGAUAUAGAAACUUCAAAAACAGAACCUGCAGAUCCUAUUAAAUCUGAGUUUGACAUUUCCAUUGUAAAGAAAGAAGAAAAUACAUAUGAAGACUUAAAAGUUGAAGAGGAAACAAAAAUUCAAUUGGAAAAUUCUGUAAUAUCAGAAGUUCCAAAAGAAGCUCAAAUAAAAGAAGAGAAAGAAGAGAAAAAAGGUAUAGAUACUGAACAAAAUGUAAAAAAAGAGCUAGAAUCUAUAAUAAGUGCUGGAGAAGAUACUGCUGAAUUAGAUGAAGAAGAAUCAUCAUUAAGCAAGUUAAGUGGAGGACGUGCUAUGAAAACUUAUUCAAAAAAACAAAAUGUUUGUAUUGAUAGUGAACCUGAAAAUGAAGGUACUGGAGAAGGUGCAGAUUAUAGGGCAUGGAAGAAGGCAGUUAUGUUGGUUUAUAAUCGACUCGCUACACAUAAGUAUGCAUCUGUAUUUUUGAGACCUAUUACAGAAGAUCAAGCACCUGGAUAUCAUUCAGUUAUCUUUAAACCUAUGGACUUAUCCACUAUUAAAAAAAAUAUAGACAAUGGAACAAUUAGAUCUACGAUGCAUUUUCAACGUGAUGUCAUGUUAAUGUUUCAAAAUGCCAUUAUGUAUAAUAAACAUGAUACAUUUAUUUACAAAAUGGCAGUUUCAAUGCAGGAAGAAUGUCUACAGCAUAUGCAGAUAUUAGUACAAGUUACAGGGGAGGGAACACUCAGGAGAGAAACAAGAACUGCAGCAAGUAGUAGUAGUGAGGCUAGCGAAAGUAGUAUAAAAAGAAAAAGAAGUCACAUCACUCCAAGUCCUCAUGAUACAGACAGUCCACGUUCAAAAAAGCGUAGAAAAUCAGAGAAUGAUUAAGGACAUUUUUAUAUUUAUGUAUAUACAUAUAUGUAAUGUGAUACGCAUUAAAGUUCUAAAGAACUUUACUGGGAAGGAUGAAAGAAAUGAUAAAUUUAUCCUAUCAGCAUUAAAGGAUGAUACUGGAUCCAAGAUGUUUGAUAUGUAUCAAAAGAAAUACAGUGAUUUGAAAUUCUAUCUGUUAGAAUUAUUUUUAAAUUAUAGUAAAAAAUACAAAAAUAGAUUUUGUAUUAGUAAUUACAAGGUUCAUUCAAUUUAUUUUUUAAGACAUUAUUACAACUAUGUACUAUAGUAUAAUGAAUAACAAAUAUAAUUAUUUGUAAUAUAUAUAUUAUUUUAAAGAAAAUUUAACAUUUUUAUUUUAAGGA